UCCGAUUUGUUAUGUUUAUUGUAUGGAAGGGGAACCAUUUCGAUGCGUUUGGGUCUCCACUUCCGGGUCGUAAAUGAAGAGUUCAUUUGGUGCCAAGUUGCCAGACGAAGCGACCAGGAAAUACAUUUUCAACGGGAAAAAAGAUCUUCAUUAUCGAUCGAGUCUGGACUUGAACGACCGCUCAUUGUCUGCUAAGACGCCCGGGAGCCAUGUCCUAGCAUCUGUGGGGAUUUUGUGAGGGGCCUGUCGCGAUGCAGAAUUUCGCCCGACGGUCUAUCAGGAGAAUCGGAAGAAGUGUGUGAUCGAAAGCUCCCGUGUUUGGUUCUCGUUGGAAGUGCGUGUUUGUUGGUUGGUUGGUGAAACGUUCUUGUGCCGUGAGCGGAGAUAUGAAGAAGAAGACAAAUAAGGGCCUUGAGGCUAUACCCCCAGGAGAGUCGCGUACAAUUUACGUAGCAAACCGCCAGGCACCAUGGGCAGGCACCGAGGUCUAUAUAGCACCAGAGGAAUAUCCUGACAACACGAUAAAAUCCUCAAAGUACACAGCAUGGAACUUCAUCCCCAAGAAUCUCUUCGAGCAGUUCAGAAGAAUAGCAAACUUUUACUUUCUGUGUGUAGGAAUCAUCCAGCUGUCGCUAGGAGAUGACACGCCUGUCAGCCCUGUCACCAGCAUCAUGCCACUGGUGUUUGUGGUUUUUGUUACAGCAAUCAAACAGGGCUAUGAAGACUGGCUGAGACACAAGGCCGACAAUGAAGUGAACAAGAGUCCUGUACACGUGAUACGGCAGGAUGAGCUUGUUGAGAUCAUGUCACAAGAUAUUAGGGUAGGGGACAUCGUGAAGGUCCAAUCAGACGAGAGUUUUCCCUGUGACCUGGUGAUGCUGUCAUCAGACGACCCAGAGGGCAACUGUCACAUCACAACUGCCAGCUUAGAUGGCGAGACCAACCUCAAGAUCCAUUCCUCUGUGCCAGACACGGCACACUACAACACUAUACCAGAGCUGAAGGGCCUGUAUGCAUCCGUCGAGUGUCAGGAACCAGAGCCAGAUCUCUACAGAUUUGUAGGCAGAAUCAACAUUUACAAGAGCCCCAACGAACCAGCUGCUGUGAGAACUCUUGGGCCAGAGAACAUGCUGUUGAGGGGAGCCCGCCUCAAAAACACCCCCUACAUCUACGGUGUGGCAGUCCACACCGGGCAGGAGACCAAGAUGGCCCUCAACUCACACACCAAGCUGGGAAAGAGAUCAGUCAUAGAAAAGUCUAUGAAUACCUACCUUCUGUUUUACCUGUUUGUGUUGCUGGCUGAGACCACCCUCUGUACCGGCCUGAAAUACUGGUACAUCGGCCGCGUCGGCGAGCCCUGGUACGUGGGAGAGGAUCCCUCGAAAAGGCCUGAAUUUCUUGAAGGGUUGGUGGAUUUUCUGGCUUUCCUGGUUCUAUUCAACUAUGUCAUUCCCAUCUCCCUGUAUGUGACUGUGGAAUUCCAGAAGUUUCUGGGGUCCAUUUUCAUCAGCUGGGACAUAGAAAUGUAUGAUGAAAAGAAUAACUUGAAAGCUCAAGCCAACACCUCGGAUCUCAAUGAAGAAUUGGGUCAGAUCGAGUAUGUUUUCACUGACAAGACGGGAACACUGACAGAGAAUGAGAUGUGUUUCCGGCAGUGUUCCAUCGGCGGGACACAAUUCGAGGAGUACAACGGCAGUCUGGUGCACAUGAGCUCCCGAGUGCCAGUGUCUACAGCAAACAUGGAGGCGGCAGUUGAGGAGUUCUUGGUUGCCAUAGCGCUGUGUCAUACUGUCCACGUGCACAGCAACAACAGCAGUGCAAACAGCACCCCAGUCAAGGCCAACGGUGUGUCCAUGGACUCAGCAGCAUCAUUCGAGUACCAGGCAUCCUCACCUGACGAAAAGGCUCUGGUGGAAGCAGCAGACAGAUUUGGUAUCACCUUCCUCGGACAGACAAGAAUAACAGAAGGAAAGUCAGCUGGAGACUUCCUCAAGAUCAGUGUACGGGGAGAAGAAAAAGAAUACGAGUUACUUCACAUCCUUGAGUUCGACCCAACAAGAAAAAGGAUGAGUGCCAUCAUCAAGUUGCCAAACGGAAACAUCAGACUGUACACCAAAGGUGCGGAGUCUGCCCUGCUACCUCUGUGUUUAAGUGGAGAACGAGACAAAACUCUGUACCAUGUCAACCAGUUUGCUGAGAUUGGGCUGCGAACACUGGUGUACUGUAUAAAGGAACUGAAUGAAGAACAAUAUGCAGACAUCAAGAGCAAGAUGACAGAGGCCAGGAAUGCCCUGCAGGACAGGGAAGAAAAGGUUAAUGCAGUGAUAACCUACAUAGAGAAAGACUUCCACCUGUUGGGAGCCACUGGAGUGGAGGAUAAACUACAAGAUGGAGUCAGUGACACUAUCGAGGCACUCAGGCUAGCAGGGGUAAAGGUCUGGGUCCUGACAGGAGAUAAACAGGAGACAGCUGUGAACAUCAGUCACUCCUGUACUCACUUCCAGCGCGGCAUGAAUGAACUGUACCUGGUGCAGCAGAGAACCAUGCAGCAGUGUGCAGACACUAUCCUGCAGCAUCUCAAAAGCAUCUCACAGUCCAGAUAUCAACACAGUUCCACAGUUACUGGGAAUACAAGAAGAAUCCAGGAGGACCAUGUGACAACACACGCCCUGGUGGUGGAUGGUAUGAGCCUGGCCCACAUACUGACUGAUCACAGGGACCUGUUCAUGGAGCUGUGUCAGAACUGCACGGCUGUGCUCUGCUGCAGGAUGUCACCUCUGCAAAAGGCUGAGGUUGUGAAACUCAUGAAAGCUUCUCCUGAGCACCCAAUCACUCUGGCUAUUGGAGACGGGGCUAACGAUUGCAGCAUGAUCCAGGAAGCUCACGUAGGAGUAGGCAUCAUGGGAAAGGAGGGUCGUCAGGCGGUUCGCGCCAGUGACUUCGCCUUCGCCAGGUUUCAGUUUCUGAAGAAGUUACUGCUGGUGCAUGGACACUACUACUACAUCCGGCUCGCAACUCUGGUGCAGUACUUCUUCUAUAAGAAUGUUGCUUUCAUUAGCCCCCAGCUCCUAUUCCAGUUCUACAAUGGGUACUCGCAAACGACUCUGUAUGAUACGGCGUUCCUGACGUUCUACAACAUAUUCUUCACUUCUCUACCGAUCCUGUUGUACGGCCUGUUUGAACAGAACAUGAAGAAAGUCGACCUUAUGAAGAAUCCUGAACUCUACAAGGACAUUGCGAAGAACAGGAGGUUGGACAUUUUCCACUUUCUGUACUGGACAAUACUUGGAAUCUGGCAUGCGUUGGUUAACUACUAUGGCCCAAUGUACCUGUUCUGGGAUGCACCCUCACUGAUGCCUGACCAAACGAUGUUUGGGAACUUCGGUUUGGGGACAUUCAUCUUUACGGCAGUGGUGAUAGUAGUCAACCUUAAGAUGGCAGUGGAGACUCACUACUGGACCUGGCUGAACCAUUUCGCCAUCUGGGGGUCCAUCAUUGUCUACUUUCUCUUCACAUUGGUCUACAGUGCCAUCAUGUUUGGCUGGCCCAUUGAUAAUGAUGAUAUGUACUACGUGUUCCUCCAACUCCUGUCCAGUCCGACGGUGUGGCUGGCCCUCCUGGUCCUGGUCACUGCCUGUAUGGUUCCGGACAUCUUCAUAAAGGUCAUCUUCAAACACAUCAGGCCAAGCAGGGUGCAACACAAGCAGAUGAAGAUGAAGAACAAGUUGCAGCAGUUAAAAACCAGUAUCAGUACCGUGUCGGAACAAAUGCUUCUCUCGGUCCAAUCGUCUCGUGCCCCGUCACGCGCAACGACACCCAACAUUGAAGGCGUCCGCUACGUUACGCGGUCGGAGACGGCCGAACUUGUCACCACAUUGUAAAUGUGUUAAUCUGGAAUUUGAUUAUAACUGUUACAGCACAAUGGGAAUUUCAAACUCUUUGUCACUCAAAGAAACCAUAGCAAUAUAAGUAUUACGUUCCGUAUUGUUAGAACAAUUAUAAUUUGCAGUAUUAGUAUCUUGAAUGCCCUUUUGAGUAAUUUGAUGUAAAAUUGCAGUGAAAAUAGCAAAUUUUGGGCAAUUCUAGUUUGUUUUCUUUCUCGUACAAAUCAUUAUUAACAAUUAUUCAUACACAUCACCUGCACCUCAAAUAUAUCUUUUUGUUUUGGAUGU